AUGAACGAAGAGCUCAUCAAAAGCGCUGUGGCGUUCCUCAAGGACCCGAACGUCAACGGCCUGCCCUUGACGAAGAAGAUUGAGUUCUUGGAGUCGAAGGGCUUGGGCCAGCAAGAGAUUGAGGAGGCGUUGAAACGAGCAGGAAAUGGAGCUACCACCUCCAGUUCGUCCUCCACUGCCAGCACCACCCCAACCAACACGCCUGCUGUCUCGCCAGCCCCCCCACCAUCCCUUCCCAUAGACUACUACAAUGCUCCUGCUGUGCCUGAACGGUCCUGGAAGGACUAUUUCAUCAUGGCUACUGCCACUGUUGGUGUCACCUACGCUGUGUACCAAGUGGCCAGCAAGUAUCUCAUCCCCAGCAUCAUUCCUCCCAGCCAGACUUCCAUCGAGAAAGACAAGCAGAAGAUCGACGAGGAGUUCAUCAAGAUCGAUAAGAUUCUCGAGCAGUUGAGCGAGGACCAGACCCAGAUCAAAGAGGCCAACGAGGCCAAGCUCAAGGAGAUCGACGUGGUGAUCGACAAUGUCAACGACUUCUUGAGCAAAUACAACAAGGACAAGCUCAAGUUCGACGACGACUUGCGGUUGAUGAAGCUCGAGAUCGACAACUUGAGCAACAGCGUGGAGAAGAACAUGGCUCUCACCAAGGAGAACAUCCGCGACGAGUUGGUGGAGAUCAACGAGGAGUUGCAGUCGUUGAAGCAGUUGUUGAAGAAUAGAUCCGGCACUCCUGCGUCCACCACCGAGCGCAAAUUGGCCCCAGUGUCGUCGAUUCCCUCGGCCUCGGAGAUCCUCAAGAGAGCCAGAGCCAAGACGGAAGAGAAGAAGCCAGAGCCCACAUUGCCCUCUCCCGAAAUCACCGAUUCUGUGUCUGCCAAUGGAGUGACGUCCGCAGGAAUUCCUGCCUGGCAAAUGAAGCAUAAGCAGCAGGAAGAAGGCGCGAGCGCCGAGCCUGCUCCAACUGAGUCCAAGACGGGAGGCCUCAACGAAGAUGCUGUCAAGAAGAACAUCGACAAGAUCGGCGUUCCAUCGUGGCAGUUGAAUGCGGGAGGUAGUUCCACGAGUGCGGGUAUUCCUGAAUGGCAGCUCAAUGCCUCUAGCAACAGCUAG